UCCAUUUCGUGGUUGUACCUCGAUUAUGGUUCGUGGACAGGCGAGUAGAGAGGGGCGCCAAGGCAAGAAAGGUGGGGAGGGGUUGAAGGGGGAAGGAAAGAGGGACUCGGUCAGGGUGAAGAAAAGAAAAGAAAAGAAAAAAAAAAGAAAAAGAAAAAAAAGGAGACUUGUACCUACCUAUAUUGCAACCCUGAUGAACGCUCAAGAGUUCCCUAUGUUUAUUCGUUAGUUCUGUUUGAGUGGAAAUGAGUGAUGAGCCCAUCUACACUAGGUACCAACAAAUAUGCACCCCCUGAAGUACUCAUUGGCUCUGCGACUUGUGGGACGGACAAUUUGGGACCAACCUGGCCUCGGUCAACGGGACGUCGAGACUCGUGAGAAACAAUUUCAUUUGCUCCGUAAAUUAAUAAUGACCAACGUACGGAUAGAAGCAUACAUGUCGGAGAAACCAAAAGGAGAAAACCCGAAGCGGCUUCAAAGUGGGAAAGGACAAACCCGGCCAAAGUCACAUCAAGAACAAGAAAGAAGAGAGCGAGAGAGAGAGAAAGAAAAAUCAGGGGUCAAACGGAGACCUCUAAAUAGCUGGAUUUCCAUAUGGCUGCUAAUAAUUCCUUGUGUCGUUCGUCUCGGACCAUUCCACAUCAAACCCACCUACUCCUCAAGAGACUGCCGCCAGUCCCCAUGGGAAACAAAAUGCUUCUCCAGAUAAUCAAACAAAACCCAACGCCCGUCGUGUAGCUCCAGCUCAGCCCCAUCCCUCUCCAUCUCAUGUUUUGAUGUCAUGACGCCAGCCCUUAAGACAGGGAGUAGUAGCCCAGAACCC